AUGGAGGACUAUCCAUGCGAUGUAAUACGGAAUUUUUCUAUCAUUGCCCACAUUGAUCACGGCAAGUCGACUCUGGCAGAUCGAUUACUAGAGGUGAUCCCGUUGUUUCUGAAGAAUGUGUCUAUGACUAAAAAGGAGCAACAGUUGACAGGCACUAUCAACAAAAAGGUCUCGGGUGGAAAGAAUGAGCAAGUUCUUGACAAGCUCAAAGUUGAAAGGGAACGCGGCAUCACAGCUCAAACCGCCAGGUAUGCUAUUGCCAACUUUGUGCAUCCAAAUAUUCGCGAAUUAAUGUUUAUCAGUAUGAUUCACAAAUUUAACGGCAAAGACUACUUGUUAAACCUGAUUGAUACGCCUGGUCAUGUUGAUUUCGCCUGGGAAGUAUCUCGGUCACUUGCUGCAUGCCAAGGGGCAGUUCUCCUUGUUGAUGCUAGUCAAGGUGUCCAAGCCCAAUCUAUAUCCGUAUUCCAUAACGCCAAAGAGCGAGGACUCAAAAUUAUACCCGUUUUGAACAAGAUAGAUUUACCUGCCUCACAGCCGGAACGAAUCGCUGCGCAGAUGCAGUCCACAUUCGGCAUAGAUCCCUCAGAGAUAUUACAUAUCUCUGCAAAGACAGGGAAAGGUGUAGAUGCGGUGCUUGCCGCAAUAAUAGACAGGAUCCCUCCUCCAGUAGCAAGCGCGGAUUCGCCGUUAAAAGCCUUUUUAUUUGAUUCUAUGUACGAUAAAUAUCGUGGUGUAAUUUCGUUGGUCAGUGUACAAGGAGGUGUCCUACGUAAAGGCGACAAAAUUGCUUCAUGUUACACCAGAAAGAAAUAUGAGAUCACAGAAUUGGGUAUAAUGUAUCCUGAAGAAAUUCCAACCAAGAGUUUGAACCCCGGCCAAGUUGGCUACAUCGCUUGCAAUAUGAAGCAAUCUUCCGAAGCUCACAUUGGGGAUACAAUACACCGGGUUGGUGAAACUGUUGAGCCUAUGGCUGGUUUCCAACCGACGAAGGCCAUGGUUUUUGCUGGUGUAUACCCCAUCGACAACAGUGAUUUUCCCAAACUGGAGGAAUCCAUCAACAGGCUCACACUCACUGACAGAAGUGUCACUGUUCAGAGAGAAUCUUCCUCGGCAUUAGGUCAGGGUUGUCGGUUGGGUUUUCUUGGCACAUUGCACAUGGAUGUUUUCCGUCAACGACUCGAAGACGAAUACGAUGCUAAUGUGAUCAUUACGGCCCCGACUGUGCCCUACAAACUCAUUUACAAAGAUAAAGAAGUUCUUAUCAGCAACCCAACAGACUUCCCGGAUGUCGGUGACAUGGGCGUACGUGUCAAAGAGGUACAGGAACCUGUAGUGAAAGCGUCAAUCAUUGUGCCCGAAGAAUAUUUCGGGGACAUGAUGGAGCUGUGCUAUUCUCAUCGUGGGGAAGACUUGGAACAUCGAUACCUCGACUCCGGGACUACAUCUGCAAGGAUUAUGUUAAAUUGCAUACUUCCGCUAAGUGAGAUCGUUACUGACUUUUUCGACCAAUUGAAAAGUCGAAGCUCUGGCUUUGCCAGCUUUGACUAUGAAGACGCUGGUUAUAGAAGUAGUGAUCUUGCUAAGAUGGUAUUUCUGCUCAACGGCAAGCCUGUGGAUGCUCUUGCUUUAAUUGUCCAUCGCUCCGCCCAAGAUGCUAUUGGUCGACAAUGGGUUAAGAAGCUUCAUAAAGUUAUCCCAAAACAGUUAUUCGAGGUGCCUAUUCAAGCCGCUGUAGGCAAGAAAGUCAUUGCCCGAGAAACUUUGAAAGCCAUGCGAGCAGACGUUACUGCUGGACUUUACGGGGGUCACUAUGAACGUAAAAUGAAGCACUUAGAAAACCAGAAGGAAGGGAAGCGAAAAAUGAAGAAGAUGGGUACAGUUGAUCUUCCUCAAGAGGCAUUUUUUGAGAUCCUCAGCAAUAAAAAGUAA